AUGCGGUUCGCCUUGGGUGUGUUCUCGGCCUUUGGUGUGAUACUGUCAUGCAUCACGAGUUCCUUCGGGCAUCCUAGCCCGCAGAUGAUGAACGUCAACAUCUCAGUUGGACAUCACGUCUCCAGAAACGACUCCAACAGCAACACUACCACUCAUUUACCGAGGGCAAAGGAGACAGCGAGCCCAGAAGAGAGACUUUUUCUGAACUCACCCAUGAAGGUCAAGCCUUUAAUCGAGACCACCGGCCUUAAUCUAGCAAAUGGGUGGAUGCGUGCGGGCAUAGACGAUGAAGUGGUGCUUAACUAUUACCAGCCCCUUACCAGCAGUAAAGACCCGUACGAGCUUGCCUCUGACCUUUUAAAGGCGCUAGACAGAUCAGAUCUGGUGGCUCUGGUGAUGUACUUUUCGAAAAAGGGAGGUACGAAUACGCCUGGUGGCGCCUUGUUCGUCGAAGCUCUUUCAGCCAAACACGGAGAUGCCGCUGUGGCAGACGCGCUUUACGAAAUGAAGAGAUCUGGACAAGACUUUUGGGCAGAUAUGGCUACCGAGAUGUUGGAUCAUCAGAUGAACGGUUGGCUUCGCAGCAGAUUGAGCCCUGGCGGUGUGUUUCUUCGACUCAAGAUAUGGAGCGGGAAGGGCUCAGUAGAUCUGAGGUUAACGAUGCUACAAGCCUAUAUCAACCGUUUCAACGACAUCACUGGAAAGAGGUGGACGCUUUACGACACGCUAGUCAAGGUCAGCAAUCAUGUAUCUGGCAAGAUGAAGAAGGUCUCCGCCGAAGUAGCAGCGAAAAUGCAGAUGCAAAUAGUACAAAGCUUGAUCAAGAGAUCAAGGGCUGUCAAAGAUGCUCUUUCGUCGCUGAAGCUCCGUCCCGUCCAGCUUUUCAAGCACGAGUCCAGAAAGGUCGUGAACGAGAUCGUCGAGGAACUUGGACAUGUUAAAGAAGAAAAGAUUGACUUGAACAGCGUUUCGAGAGAGCACUUUGGUGAUGGCGAAUUCGCCGAGGGUAUUAUGCUAGCGGUGAAGGGCCCAAAAACGGAUACAAAGGCCGCGCAAGAAAGCAAGGAGUGGCUGAUCAAGCAGUGGGGAGAAGAGGACCAUCCUUCUGAUCGAGAACAUCUCUUGAAUAAGCUCACGACAGGACGGGGAGCUGUGAGUCAAGAAAGAGCGUCUGCAAUAGCGGACAGUUUUUCCCUCCUUAAGUUCGCUCUCGUAGUCAACGUCUUAGUGCAUUCAGGAAGAUGUCUUCCUCUUGGUUUUAGUUCAACCCAUGAAUAUACUUUCUGUCAUGAUAGUACAUGUGCGUGA